CAAGAAAUACGAAAGUGCAGUUAUUCCCGACUAAUUCAUAAGAAUAAUGAUACCUUUUUCAGUUUUUCUUAAGAAGUAACUGAGCUAGUAUAUUUGGUUAAAUAUUUUAAAUAGAAGUACUUGUAACUGGAAGUAUCGCUCAGGAGCGGCGCUGACCGCGCUUGAUAACCCACCAACCGGCGACUGGAUCACCCUGCCACAAUUCCCCGCUCCGAUCACCCUGCAUUGCAUGUGCCGCCAAAGUCUUCCAGGACGAUUUGCACGGCAGCGGAGGAGCCAUGCAGAAUGGGCUCACUGCGUGUUCUGCAUUGGCGGUCCCUCCGUUGAGUGCAUGGUCCGAUCACGUCAUGCGAGCCGCUGUACAUCAUGGACCGGGCGUGGUGUCACUCCCAGAUGAUGCCCUCUAAACAACUGACCAUUGUCGGACACAACUGUGAACUGACCCAAAAUUCUCAAUGAUGUUGCGGCAAAAUUGAUUUAGCAUACUAAGCACACAAAAAGAAAACGGCUAACGACCAUCAAAAUGAGCGAUUCCGACGCGGUUACCGGUGUUCCGUCUCGCAAGCGCUCCCAUUCGCCGGAGACUACCGACCCAUCGGAGCCGGCGGACAGCAGUGAUGUGGCGUUAUUUAUGCCCAUUAUGGCAAAACGCAGCCGUCUCCGUGCCGGUUCAGCGUACUUUGGAGCGAUGCUGCAGUCCCAGGUUUUUACCGAACAUGACCAAGCCGAGAUCACCAUGCAGCCGCCGCCCGGGCUUGAUCCCAACGCCUGCAACCAUCUGCUGCUGUAUGUCAGUGGAUAUUUUCCGGAACUCGACAUUCCUGAUGGACAGGCCGAGCAGAUCCUGCAGGUGGCCGACUACUUCCAGCUGCCCAAUGUGCAGGAGAUCGGGGAGCAGUGUGCCGAGAAGCUGGUUGCAGAGACCGAUGAGAUCAACUGCUUGCGUCAUCUCCGCGUGGCCCUACGCUUCGGGCAUGAGUGGUUGAAACGAUGCGCCAUGCGUCUGGUGAUCUAUGAUUUCCAGCAGAUAUCCACUACCGCGGAUUUCCUGGACUGCUCCACGGAACAGCUGCUCUACAUUCUGCAGCAGAAUUUCCUCGUUGUACCCGAUGAAGAACAGGUGGUCGAGGCGGUGAUGGCCUGGUUCGGACACGACAAACCCAGCCGUUGGCGGCUGGAAGUUUUCAGUCAAAUCCUGGCGGAGAUCCGCUGGAGCCUGCUGAGCGACGGCGCCCGCAUGAUGCUCAUGUCGGCCGAGGACCCCUUCCGCGCCGCCCUGACCGACAUCCUGCAGUACUCCGGUCUCUCGCCGGCCACACCCACCCCGGCCAUCACCCGGCCCAUCGCGCGCCGGCGGAACGUUCAAGAUGUGACCUUUACGUAUGCGCCCUUCAUCAGCGCGUUCAGUUUGCGCUGUAUGACGACGGAUCUGACCGAAUGGCCGCUGGCGCCUUAUGACCCCCAAAAAGUGGGCGGGCCGCUGGUCCCUGGACUGUGGGCGGUAAAGGUCAACGGCAAGAUAAUCCUGCAGAUAUUGCAGUAUGGCCGGAUUGCCACGCUGUCGUAUGAUCCAUUGAAACAUACGUUCGAGACGUUGAAUGGACACGAGAGGCUGAAUCUGGGGUUUACGAUGGACAAGGAGACGGUGUCCAUUCAGCCGGUGGUCAUUCGAAAUAAGAUUUAUAUCUUCCGUGAGGGAAAACGGUCACAGGAUUUCUACGAGUACAAUUUUAAAUCUAAGGCGUUGCACCGGAAACCGACGCCGACAUCCGGUAGAAGAAUCAACUGCGGCAUCGACGUUUACCGCGACGAAAUCAUCCUCGUCGGCGGCCAGCUACUCCCCCUUAAACCCCGCCUCCUCAGCAGCAACGUCGACCGCUUCAACCCGGUGACCGCCGAAUGGACCGCCCUCCCGCCCCUCCCCGAGCCCACCGCCCAGUGUGCCGCCAAGGCCUUCCAGGACCAGCUGUACGUCACCGGCGGGACGGUGUUGUUCGGCCGGCGCCUGCUGGACGUUGCCGGCUGUCUGCGGCUCAACCUCCGGCAGCCCACGGUCUGGGCCCGCGUCGGCAGUCUGACGCGGACCCGGCGCCAGCACGCCAUGAUGGUGACCGGCGGCGGGCUGUAUGUCGUGGGUGGGAUAGGGCACCGGUACGAUACGGCGUUCGGGAGAUAUGAAAAAUAUGUGGAGCGGAUUGAUAGGUGGCAUUCGGUGUACCGCUGGGAUGAACAGAGAACGUAUCCCAUCGGCGGCGGGAUUAGUGUUAUUGAUGCGGCUAGUACGUACUACAAGGUCGAGAGCGACGGAGAGGAUGACGCUGCAUAGCUGGCUGCUUAUUAAAACCCGCGAUCAUGUAUUGUUGUGUGCUGUUUCAACUCGGUGUUGCUGUACCAAGGUUUCGGCCGGCAAAAAUUGUCGAUUAACAAAAACUGAAAAAAAAGCUUCUCCAAGUGUUUUUGUUAAAAAAGCAAAU